UUCACAGUUGCCCUCAAUACGUUUCUGUGUUUUUCAUUUAAAGCCCUCUUCUUUUGACUGUCUGGCUGGAAGCGCUGCUUAAAAUGUACCAGCGUAUCUUUAAGAUACUCUUUCUUAUUUUGUCUCUUGUUGUGUUCUUUUCCUUCAAGUCUGUACUGGGCAUUUUUCAGUGCAGUAUUGGUCUUGGCGACAAGAGCCUUGCGAGAUCUCCUAUCAAUGUAUUAGCUGUUUUGAACUGUACGCUAAACGGUCGCUCUGCAAACGUCUUUAAGUGGACACUUGAUGGGAAACAAGUCAAGGAGGAGCACACACUGCAGGAUCCAAAGGAAAAUAAGAAAUGGUCCGCUGUUGUUCUCAAAAAUAUGACCAAAGACAUAGAGACAUAUAAAUGCAAAGCGGAACGUGGCAAGGAAAACGCUUCGUGUUCCGUUUCUCCUGCUAAGCCAAAAGCACAAACGUCUGAUUCGGCUGUCAGAAUAGUCGACCUUGGAAAUACACCUGAAUUAGAAUGCAGGGCUUAUGGAUGGCCAGUUCCUCGUGUGUCCUGGUGGCUAAAUGGUUCCCAGAUUCACCAUCUUGACGCCCAGAACACGUACUUAUUACAUCAACAAGCAGUGAACGUAUUGUCUAUGAAAAUACUCAUCGUGCGAGAGGAACAUCAGCAUUCGAAAUUCACUUGCCGUGCUGAUAACGUGUUUGGUACGUCUGAGAGGAGCGUAGAAAUCCAAGUGAGACGAAUUGAUAUGAUCGACUACGGCUAUCGUGAAAAGUUUCCCAUUCCAGCAGUGAUAGGAACAAGUGCUACUCUUGAGUGCAUCUGUACGGAGAAAAACUGUACAGAAGAUACCACUCAGUUUUAUUGGAAACGCAAUGGAACGAUAGUCAGCGAAACACCAAAUAUCAGAUUAUCCCGUGAGGUCUUACGUAGUGGUUUAAAAAUUGCUUUGACGAUACUCAACGUGUCAAAGGCAGACGAAGGAGAUUUUUUCUGCAGAGUAAGCAACUCCAUAGGAUUUGAAGAGAGGCGAAGAACCCUGCAGAUUCUAGCCAGAGGCUUCUUUUCGGGAUCUCCUGCACGUCUGACAUGCAAAGUUUCAUAUCCAGCUGAGUUACUGGAGCCGGACACUUAUUGGAUCUUUAACAACACUAGGAUUCACGAAAAGUCUGCAUUGCAAUACUACCCUAAAUCAUAUGGCCCUCGAGAAGGAGCCAACUCAACAGAGAUGGUUUUGUUUCAGCUUCAGAUGUCUAAUGUAAGCGAUCAAUUCGUUGGGUGGUAUACCUGUGCUGCAGAUUUCAAAAUAAUUCUUGUCAAAGCAAGAGUUUUUGUCACCCUCGAAGGAGAAGAAGGCGAUGAUGAUGAAGGAAUUGCACGCAUUGAGUCUGAUGAAAGUCCGCUGGUCGCCAUCAGCUCCAUUACCGCUGGUGGCGUUAUAAUGGGUUUCAUUGCAGCUUUGUUUGCAUACAGACUUUGCAGAAAAAAGCGCAGUGAUGAAGAACCAUUCUUUGAAACUCCAGUAAAUGGUCGCCAGUUCCGGUAUGAUGUUUUUGUGACGUUCAGCAGCCAGGACCUAAACUGGGUUAAGAAAGAACUCUUGCCGCUCUUGGACAAGCACAAGCUUAAGUACUGUAUCCAUGACAGAGAUUUUCAGGCUGGAAAGCCUGUGGUGGACAACAUGGCAGAGAGCGUGUACACGAGCCGAAAAGUUCUGGCUGUAAUGUCGCACAACUACAUGUCGAGCAAAUUCUGUCGCGGAGAGCUAGAGAUGGCGCUAUAUCGAAGCACAGAGAUGGGCGACUCUUCGGUAAUUGUGGUGCGUAUCGACGGUGUUGACCGGAGCAAGCUUCCCAAGGCCCUUCGCAACAGGACCUUCCUAGAUCAUCAUGACUUCACUGAGAGGAAGAACUGGGAAGAGAGGCUGAUAAAGCAUCUCAAACCGCCUUCACUGGACAAGAACUCGGAGAAAAAAAACUCGGAGAAAACUUAUUCCUUGUUACGUAACGUUACUGAAGCGUGAAGCAAUGAACAAGUUAUAUUGCCGUUUACAAGACUCCCGUUGUAACCAUUGAUUCUUUGGUAGACAUUUCUUUGGAAUCUUUUAGGGCACAGACACUUGAAAAGACAAGACACAGCGACGCAACAUGAACAGGUCGCGUCAGCAAAACGCUCUAAGUCAGAAAAUUUGAAAUUGCUGUGCAUAAAUGGAAAGACAGUUAUUUUUCUUUGAACGGCACUUCGCGCAAAUUCAACUAGUCUGGCAGGGCGGAAAUGGAUCGAAUCAUUUUUUUUUGGUCGCACCGAUCUGCUGGCUACUGAGUCCCAACCCUUUAAGCUAAUGCUUCAUACUUAAUUAAACGUAACUAUGGCAAGAACUUUGUUUUAAUGUUGCCGGUUUUCUGAUCGUCAGAGUAAGAGUAGUCCUGAAGAGGCCUCUGACGUUUUUACAAUUCUAACUGAAGUUAUCAACUGACUUUCUCUGAUGAGGACUUCUGAGCAUUUACCGUAUAUCUUUUUCCUGGCCGUUUUGAUGUCUAAUUUAUCCUACAUUGUUUAAAUUAUUGACACGUCAUGACAGGACGGAAAAUGCGUGCAAUGUAAGUACCUCCCAUUGUCCCAUGGAAAGCCUUAGAAAAAUUUUUUAAGGCUUUGCAUGGGACGAGAGGUACUUACAAUGCACGCAUUUUCCAUCCUGUCAUGUUCAAGUGUAAAACAUAAAACUGUGUGCAAAUUAGGAUAUGCGGUAUUAAGUAGUGCGAAAAUCAUAACUUUACCACACUCGUUUUUACAAGUUUUGCAUCCCGUGAUGCAAUUUGUUUCCUUAGGAAUAUAUAUUUAACAAUUAUUCCACGAGCGCGCGUUGGAUAUGAGAUGAUAGAUAGCCAACGAGGCGCG